AUGAAACAGCUCUCCUGGAGCGGGGGGUGCAGCAGUCACUACACUGGAGGGGAGGGGGUGGGGGUACUCAUGGCAGGAGGCCUUGGGAGAGUUGCGUCUCGUUCUCAAGCCACACACAGCCACUCUUAUCCAUCGCCACAUUCCCCCCCAGGCCGUAGCAUCCAUGUCUCCCGGAAUAACAAGCAUUCUGGAGCUGCUGAAGGAGUACGUCAGGCACUAUCGCCCACUGGACGAGGAGGAGGAGGACAAACACCAACAUCCUCAGCAGCACACCCACGCCCAGAGGGUGGCCACCACUGUGAAGGUCUACGCCCUGCUCUUCGCCUUCCCCUCCAGAGUGCUGUUGAAGGAGGAGGAGGCUGGGGGGGCGGGGCAGGGGCAGGGGGAGGGUUUGACUGCUCUGCGUUUGUGAAGGGACUCACCUACCUGUUCGAUCUUCUCCUCAGCUACCGUCGGAAGGCAGUCGUGGCACAGGCCGGGCUGCUGGUGGCGUCACAGCUGCGGGUGGUGGUGGACAAGGGCAACUUUGGCGGUGAUGACAACAACGGUAAUGAACAGCAGAGGGGGCGGUAUGCUAUGAACCACCGCCACUCCGUCCUCAAGGAUCUCAACGAACUCCUUAGCAACCUCAGUGUUGGGGUGCGCACAGGACUCAGGCGACAGUGCUCCACCCUCUUCACACAUCUGCCGGGGCUGCUGAAGGAGGCUGGGGACUAUGACACCCAGGCCAGCAUUGUGGAGCUCAUGUACCGCCUCACCACCUCAACCGAGCGGAGCCACAGCGUCACACAGUGGUUCCCCGAGCUGGAGUGUACCGUGCAAUGCCUCUUCCUCACUAUAUCAGAGUUUGACCCGGUGAGUGUGUGUGUGUGUGUGUUUACCUAGUUUUACCUAGUUUUACCUAGUUGUAGUUUUACAGGGCCUGGGCUUUACGCUCGUGUGGUCCCGUCUCCGUAUCUACAUUUAUCCAACUUUUCCUUAAACCUUUGCACACUUCUCGCCGAUACUACAUCCUCACUUAGUCUGUUCCAAACCUCUAUAUUUCUUUGCGAGAAGCUAUAUUUUUUUGUGUCUCAGGCAUCUUCCCUUCCUCAAUUUUUUACUAUGUCCUCCUGUGUUCCU